UACCCUGGUGUUACAAGCGCCAUGCUCUACCAAUUGAGCUACAGAGGACCAUCUGUGAUAACUGUGCCUGUGCAUACUGCUAGGGACCUCUGAGACGAUCCUACCGUUCCCUACUGAUGGACACAUGCUGGACUUCCUUGUCCAAACUGGAGACAUCAGGGAGAGAGACGCACUGCAUGCCACCUGGUAUCACCAUGCCAACAUGUCAGAGAUGAACAAAGCACUGCAAAAGGCUGAUGUGACCAUACAGGGACACAACACGGUCAACGUGACCACCAACCCCAUCAACACUCUGGGCCAGUGGCUGGAUGCAGUGCUCCAGUCAAAGAAAGGCAUAAAGCUGGACUUCAAAAGCAUUCAGGCGGUGAGUCCCUCCCUGGACAUCCUGAGCAUGACAAACCCGACUACAGGGAUCAACAGGCCAGUGUGGCUAAACACUGACAUCCUCUCUGGGCCCAACGUCCCAGCCUUCUGGCCUGUCGUUAACGGAUCUGAGUGAGUAGCCAGGUUCUUGGCACUGAUCCAGCAGAAGUUUCCAGACGUGACCAUCUCUCCUGGAUGGGCAGUUCUGUACAUGCCCCUGUUUCCUAAAGUCACCUACACAUAGGCCAUGGUGGAGGACAUGUACACCAUCAUCAAAAAUGUCCCUCAGAAAGUCACCUUCCCCAUCCACGCUCUCAUGGCCAGGAACGGAUCACCUCACAUCAGCUGGCUGCUCAGGCAGUCGCCAUGGUAACUGGAACUGCUCCUAUAUACAGUAAUUGAUCUAGUCGUGACUUUCACAUCUUUCAAUCACACUGGUUGAGGUUACGGAAAUAUCUCAGGUUUGACUUGUUCACACUCACUAGUUAGUGUGGGGAUCUAGAUGUGAUGACUAGCUUAGAAAGAAUGCAUUAAUGAUUAAACA